GAUGGAUCCUCAGCCUGCGCGCACGGCCAGCGGCAACCACACACGCUUCCACAUGGCUUCUCAUUUAUGGCGAAUAUUCCCCACUUUUAUCUGGAUUUUAGCUCUGGUGUCCAGUUCCAGGACGAGGAUUUAUCCUCCGAAUGAAGUGACCCUGCUGGACACCAGGACAGUGCCAGGAGAGCUCAAAUGGGCAGCCAGUCCGUCAGAAGGAGGGUGGGAGGAGGUGAGCAUCAUGGAUGAGAAGAACAUCCCGAUUCGGACCUACCAGGUGUGCAACGUCCUUGAACCGAACCAAAACAACUGGCUCAGGACCGACUGGAUCCCGCGCUCAGGCGCCCAACGGGUCUACGUGGAAGUCAAGUUCACCCUGAGAGACUGCAACAGCCUGCCGGGCGUCACCGGCAACUGCAAGGAAACGUUCAAUCUGUACUACCACGAGUCAAACGAAGACCGGGAGAGUUACAUUAAAGAGAGCAGCUUCAUUAAAGUGGACACGGUGGCAGCAGACGAGAGCUUCACGCAGGUGGACGUUGGAGACAGAAUCAUGAAGCUGAACACCGAAGUGCGUGACGUGAAAGUGACUACCAGAAAAGGCUUCUACCUGGCCUUCCAGGACGUCGGCGCUUGCAUCGCCCUGGUGUCGGUGAGAGUCUUCUACAAGACCUGUCCCCUCACCGUUCGCAACCUGGCGACCUUCCCGGACACGGUGACUGGGGCCGACACCUCCUCGCUGGUGGAGGUGAGGGGGUCCUGCGUGAACCAGUCGGAAGAGAAAGAGGAGCCCAAGAUGUACUGCGGAGCCGAUGGAGAGUGGUUGGUUCCGAUCGGGGGGUGUCUUUGUAGCCCUGGAUAUGAAGAAAAGGCCGGAACAUGUAAAGCCUGCACUGCUGGUUUCUACAAGGCCAAGUCGUCGGAUGCCGGGUGCCUGAAGUGUCCGCCUCAUAGCUACUCGCUGCGGGACGGGGCCAGAAUCUGCGAAUGCCACUCCGGAUACUUCCGCGCCGACGCUGACCCUCCUUCCAUGGCCUGUUCCCAGCCCCCGUCCGCCCCGCAGCAGCUGAUCUCAGUGGUGAAUGAGACCUCGGUGGUUCUGGAGUGGAGCCCACCUCGCCGUUUGGGGGGACGCAACGACAUAAGCUACAGCUUGGAGUGUCUUAUCUGUCAGAGCGGGAGUCAAGCUGGCGGUAAAACGCUCGGCAGGAAUCAGACCGUCCAUCAGCCGGACGUCCAGCGCGGCAGCCAGAGGAUGCAGUCGGAUCAGGGCUUCGUGGGGUCCGAUCCGUCCGGGAGGGGCGUCUAUCAGAGGGACUACUCCAAGACCGGCUCGCAGCUGUGCCAGCCCUGCAGCUCAGAUGUGCAGUUCUCCCCGGGGCAGACGGGCCUGAAGUCCACCAGGAUGGUGGUCAGCGAGCUCCGAGCCCACACACACUACACCUUCAUCAUUUACGCUCAGAAUGGAGUCUCCAAAGUGAGUGGAGCAGCAGCAUCCCAGAGCGUGUCGGUCACUGUGACGACCAACCAAGCAGCUCCCUCCACUGUGUCGUCCGUCCUCGCCAACGACGUGACCAGGCAUAGUUUGUUGCUGUCAUGGCAACAGCCCGAUCACCCUAAUGGGGUCAUCCUGGAAUAUGAGGUCAAAUUCUACGAAAAGAACCACAAGGAAAGGUCCUAUCGCAUAAUGAGGACUUUCUCUCGGAGCGCCGACGUCACUGGGCUCAACCCUCUCACCGUCUACGUGUUUCACGUUCGUGCUCGCACCGCCGCCGGGUACGGAGAGUUCAGUUCGCCAUUCGAGUUCUCCACCAACUCAGAUCCCUUUCCUCUGAUCGGUGAAGGAGUCAACUCAGCAUUCCUCCUGCUGUCUGUCAGCGGGGUUGGAAUUUUGCUGCUCAUCUCCGCAGCCAUCUUCAUCAUCAGCCGCAGGAGAAGCAAGUACAGCAAAACAAAACAGGACUCAGAGGAGGAGAAGCAUCUUAACCCAGGAGUUAAAAUCUACGUGGAUCCUUUCACUUAUGAGGACCCUGAUCAAGCCAUCCAUGAGUUUGCCAAGGAGAUUGAUGUCAGCAGCAUUCACAUCGAGAGAGUCAUCGGCAUGGGAGAGUUCGGGGAGGUGUGCAGCGGCCGACUGCGAGUGCAGGGUAAGAGGGAAGUCUACGUGGCCAUCAAGAGCCUGAAAGCAGGAUAUUCUGACAAGCAGAGGCGGGACUUCCUCUCGGAGGCGUCAAUCAUGGGACAGUUUGACCAUCCCAACAUCAUCCGUCUGGAGGGGGUGGUGACCAGAUGUAAACCGCUGAUGAUCAUCACCGAGUACAUGGAGAACGGAUCUCUGGAUGCUUUUCUUCGAAAACACGACGGCCAGUUCACUGUGAUCCAGCUGGUCGGCAUGCUGCGCGGCAUCGCCUCUGGUAUGAAGUAUCUGUCGGACAUGAGCUUUGUGCACCGAGACCUGGCGGCCAGGAACAUCCUGGUCAACAGCAACCUGGUGUGUAAGGUGUCAGACUUCGGCCUGAGUCGAGUUCUGGAGGACGACCCUGAGGAGGCGUACACGACCAGAGAGGCCAUCGGGACGUACCUGUCGCCGGGAGGAAAGAUCCCCAUCAGGUGGACGGCGCCCGAGGCCAUCACUUACAGGAAGUUCACCACCGCGAGCGACGUGUGGAGCUACGGCAUCGUCAUGUGGGAGGUGGUGUCGUACGGAGAGAGGCCCUACUGGGACAUGAACAACCAGGACGUGAUCAAGGCCAUAGAGGAGGGCUACCGCCUGCCCGCGCCCAUGGACUGCCCGCUGGUUCUGCACCAGCUCAUGCUGGACUGUUGGGAGCGAGAGCGAGCCGAGCGGCCCACCUUCAGCCAAAUACUCAACAUGCUGGAUAAACUCAUCAGAAACCCUGGAACUCUGCGCCGGACAGGAGGGGAGAGACCCACUGCCACAAUACUGGAGUCAGGGCUGGGCCCGGAGGUGUGUGUGUCCGUCAUCCCCGAAGUGUGUGUGCAGAACUGGUCAGUGUGCGAGUGGCUGCAGUCCAUCGGGCUGGACCGGUACCGGGACACGCUGGCGGCGGCAGGCUACACCAGCCUGGAUAGCCUACUGGCCCUCACACACCAGGAGCUGGACAGACUCGGGAUCAUCACACCGUCACACCAGGACAUGCUAAUUGCGAGUGUGCAGCAGGAAAUGUUGGCUCAGAUGCAGCACAUACAACACACAAUGGUCCCAGUCUGAGCCGACACGUGGACCCCACGCAUUUCUUUUACCUCAUCCAUGCACUUUAAACAGACUCUUCACACGUGGGAAUACAAGAGACGAGCCAUCAGGCAGCACUUUUGUCGACUUUUUUUUUUUUUUUUUUUGAACCACAAUCUGGACCGGAGGAAGGAAGAAUCUUUGACGGAGUUUCCUUCUUGUUUUAACACCAGUUCUGUGAAGGCUGUGAAGCUGCGUGUUCGCAGAAUGGCUUCCAACUUGUUUUCCUUUGCUGCUUUGGGCUUGACUUGAAUCGUCUUUCGUUGUGUGUGCGCGCGUGUGUGUCUCUACUCUUGUGAUGUUGUGUGGACAGAAUUCCACAGGGAAGUGCUGGCCGGGGUUUAAUACGUCUCCAGGAAGUAAGGAACUGCCUUCUCAAGUCAUGUGGCUCCGACUGUAUGUUGUGUAUGCGUGUGUUGCCUCGGGCGUCAACUGUCAAUAUUCUGAAUAUGCAAAGUGAGUGGGAGGAGCCGGUCCGAAUGUAUCUUUGGCUCUUUCUAGCUAACAGAUUGUUACUUUCCGUUGGUUAGCGGUGUAAAUAUCUUGUGUUCCAUGCUAAACGUUAGCGACGUUUCUUUAUUUAUAGUGUUUUUUUUAAUAGUUUGUACAUUGUAUAAUAGACAAAAUGAGGAAAAAUGUAAUGACUGCCAUAUUGUAUUGCAAUAAACGGCA